AUGCCCCAACUCAACCCCGCACCUUGGUUUGCCAUUCUGGUAUUCUCCUGAGCAACUUUUCUUAUUAUCCUGCCCCCGAAAGUCAUAGCCCAUACUUUCCCCAACGAGCCCACGUUUCAAAGCACAAGCACACCUAAAACACAAUCCUGAACCUGACCAUGAUAG